AAACAAACACGUUCGAAUCGCGCACCGGUAAACAACGCAAUCCCGACCGCGAAGAUGAGUACCUUCCCGGGCACGGUGCCGGAGCUGCCCGGUAUCGGGAUCGAUCGGUUCGAUCAGCCGGUCCGGGAUCGGGCCACACUCUUCUUCCUGUCCCAUUGCCACGUGGAUCACAUGCAGGGCCUGCCGGACGCGGCGCCACUGCCCGGUCCGCUCUACGUCAGUCCGCACACGGCCGUCAUUGUCGGCCUCCGGCACCCGCAGCACACGCUCGUCCCGGUGCCGGUCCGGGAGCAGCUGAACCUCACCGUACGAUCGCCGGCCGGACCGGCCUACGAGCUCUGCGUCCGGACCGUGCCCGCCGAGCACUGUCCCGGCUCGGUGAUGUUCUACUUCGAAACGAAAACGGUCCGGUUGCUGUACACGGGCGACUUUCGCCUGUCGUCCGCCAGCCUGACCGCGAUCGCCCGGUACCGGGUGCGGCCGACCAUCGUUUACCUCGACAGCACCUUUCUCGACCGGCGGUACGCGUACUUUCCACCGCGGCAGGCCAGCAUGGACCGGAUAGUGGAGCUGUGCUCGCGCUGGCUGGCGCACGACCGGCGCAACGUUGUCGCACUAUGGCCACCUGCAUCGUACGGCUCGGAGGAGCUGUUCUGUCAACUGGCGGACCGGCUGCACCAGCGGAUACACGUGUACGCUGCCCAGCGCGAACCGUACAACCAUUUCGCGGCGCUCGAUGAGGUCUUCACGGACGAUGCGGCCGGUGCGCGGAUACACGCUUGUCGGGGGAAAACGCUACAGCACGAGAGGGCGUGUCGGGCGGCGAAGCCGGAGGAGAAACAUCCCGACUUUGUGAUGACGAUCCGCCCGACCGCGCGCCGCUGGUGCAACCUGCGCCCAGGGGAACCGUUCUGGCAGCAGGGCAGUGGCAAUCUCUGGUACGUGUGCUACUCCUCCCAUGCCAGCAGCACGGAGCUGGUGGAAUUCCUGCGCAGCCUGCAGCCGGACGUGCGAGACAUUCGCUUCAGCGUGGUGGCGGACGAGCUGGAUCGAGUCGGGAAGGAAACGUUGCUGCGCUCGCUGCUGGAACCGGCUGGCAACGAGCUGGUGCCGCCCGGGGAAGAACCGCAGCGGCUGCACUGCCUGCCGCUGGGUGCCUUUAAAGCCAAAGCCAAGCUCAAACAGGCGGCCUGCAAAGAAAGCGACAGUGAGACGGAGGACGAUGAGUUACACCGACGGCCGAUGAAAAUGGCUCGGCGAACCGGUUCGGAUUGAGAUGGUAGAUGGUAGAUAGGUUAUAGGUUAAUGAUUGUUUUAUAUAACUAAGUAAUGUUUUAUAAAAUUAGAAUAAAUGCCAAUUCCAUUCCGCCUUUCAACUUGCUCUGCUUGCAAUCAUUUCGAGGUGUGGUUGUUGUGUGAAGUUUACGACUGUUCCGAGUGCCUAUAGCCAUCUCGAAGAGUGCCCACAACUCAUACGAUCUAGACCAGCGGUUUUCAAGGGGGGAAUUUCGACUUUCUUGGGGGGGGAAUUUUCGAUCAAAAAUUCACAAAGUUCAAUGGGCCAUAACUAGAAUUUUUAUAUUUUUAAAAGUAAGAAUCAUUUAAGCAAUACGGCAGAAGCGCGUUCUUUCUGAUUAAAAAAGAAGAAGUAAGAAUCGACAAAAAAAUGAUUAUUCGUCCAAUAAUUUGCUGUAGUUUCCAGAAAGUUCAACUUAGUACAGUUUGUUGAAACUUUAAUUUGCUGUGGAAUAACUCCCAAUUAAAUCCAAAAUAAGCUUAUAAAGUUGCAAAAGGAGUUUCUGCAGAAAUGUAGCAAUGCAGAAAUGUGCUUAAAGAAUUAUAUGCUAAGAUUUUCAGGUUCCGAUCAGCGAUUCGUUGCAUAAUGUUGAGAAAACGGCUUUGCCAACUUAAGACCAACGCAAGACAAUAGAUCCAAAAUGACAUGUGAUGUUGGGAAGAAUGAAAAUACUCCUAUUAACCCUCUAAUUGGGGGAAAAAACCCACAUGGGGUGGAAAAGCUGCAAAAAGGAUGAAAACCACUAUUCUGGA